AGGAAUUCUCGAACGCUUAAUUCUCGAGAUUUUAGAUUCUCCACUGCGCAAUAGACCAAAAAUGUGCCUAAAACUGAGUGCAUCGAUUAAAGGGUGAUCUCGUCUCGUUGCCAUUUGAACAAAAAAGUUAAUGACAAAGUGACUGUGGUAACGUAAGAAUUUUAUGUUUACAAAAUGUGCGGGGGAUUUACGUGUUCAAAAAAUGCAUUAAUUGCAUUAAACGUCUUGUAUAUAGUAGUGGCUUUUAUCCUUAUUGGAGUCGCGGUUUACGGUCGUGCAGCGUCUUUGGUCACAAAUUUACCGAUCAUAGGAGGAAUCCUAGCAUGUGGCAUUAUCCUAUUUUUAAUUUCAGUAUUGGGGCUUUUGGGCGCCGUCAAACACCACCAAGUGAUGCUAUUUUUCUAUAUGGUUAUCUUAUUUUUGCUGUUUCUUAUCCAGUUCUCAGUUGCUUGCGCUUGUUUGGGGGUUAACAUUGCGCAACAAGAGCAACUAGCUGAGCAAGGAUGGAGCCGUGUUGAUAAUAAUACGAGAAUGAAAGUACAAGACGUGUUCACUUGUUGUGGAUUUGCCGAAUCUAUUGAUAAGACUAUCUCACCCCCUAGUUGUGAAAAUGUUAACACGAGAUGUUGUUUCAGUUCUAACGAAAAAAAUUGCGUAUGUCCACAGUGUAUGCAAAAAUUGCAGGAUACCAUCAAUUACGCGUUUAAACUGUGUGGGUGGAUCGGACUCUUCUUUAGUUUGACUGAGUUUAUGGGAGUACUACUAACAGUGCGUUAUCGUAAUCAGAAAGACCCUCGAGCUAACCCUAGCGCUUUCCUCUAGUCACUUAACAAUCAGCAUUAGGAUAGCAGGAGUAGUUCUGACAAGAAGAUACCGUAAUUUGACAGAUCCGGACGAAAAGCUAGCCACAGCAAUUUUUCCUCGCCAUAAUUUUACAUAUUAAUCUAGUCACUCCGUGCAAAUUUUAUUAAAAAAAAAUAUAUUUUUAUCUAUACCAUACCAAAGACAACUCUUAUCUCUAUAUUCCAUUUUUUAAUAAAGGCUGCGGUAAUUGUACCAUUUGUGAUUGUUUUGUUUGUAAUUUUUUACUUAGUUGUGUAAAUGCAUCAUUCUGUCGUAAUUAUUUUAUAUACUAGUCUACAUUUUUUACUCCAUUUAACGAAAAAGUGCACUCCCUAUUUAGGUUAGUUGGGGGUAGUAAAAUUUAAGUAAAUUUUAAGUAACUGAUUGUGUAGGGAGUCCACUUUUGCUGCUCCGGCAAAAGUUUUGUCGCACGAAACUAGCUUAUUUUUAACUGUGGAACCAGUGUUUUAAGGCUGUUAUUAGGAGCAUAUAUUUUACUAAGGACAUUUCCUAAAUGUGUUUCUAAAUCUAGCUCUAAGACAUAACUGUAAAAUGUGCUAAUAAAAUAAAUCUUUUAGUUAGUGCUUAAGACGAUUUACUUACCUUAUAUAUGUAAAAUUUCUGUUUAUUUGGGUCAGUUGUGUAUUUAUAGGGCAUGAAAUUUAUCGAAUAUUGUAAAUAAUUGACGUGCCUUGUAAUUCUAAAAUGGGCAUAAACUGAAAUGGAUGUAAUAGGAUCAUAGACAUUUUUUUUUAUUGUUACGCAACUGGCCUGAAAAUCGUAAAUUGUAUUGAUGUACAAAAACUUUCUUUUAUUUUAGAAGUAGUGUAUAUGUAUUUAUCAUUGUGUUAGUGAAUAAUUGCUCAGUGCAUAAAUUUGCUCAUUUCUUAAACCUCCAAUUUCCUAUUUAUUGCAUUUCGUUGUUCUUGUAGGUAUAUUGUUUAUAGCUUGGUCUUGUAGAUGCUAAAAAUACGAAAUAAAUUAUGUGAUCUAAA